GCGUGUGUUUUUACAUAAGUUCACAUUUACGUGAAAUGGCGACUCCGAAAAUAAUAAAUGUCCCAAUAUUUACACACGUAGAUCGGGAUGUAUUUCUACGAGAUAUUUAUCCACAGCGUGAACCAGCAGUGCUGAGAGGUGUGUGUUUGGGUCCAUGUAUGGGAAAAUGGACAGUUGAGUACCUUGGACAAAAAGGUGGCGAUAAGGAGGUGAAGAUACAUGUUUGUACAGUACCACAGAUGAACUUCCUGCAGAAAAACUUUGUGUACAGGACAAUUCCAUUCAAUGAGUUUGUGAAGAGGGCAUCUGAGAAGAAACACUCAGACUUCUUCCUGUGUGAGGAUGAGAGCUAUUAUCUUCGAUCUUUGGGAGAAGAUGUUCGAAAGGAACCUGCUGACCUCAGCAAACAAUUCCCAGAGUUAACAGAAGACUUCUAUCUCCCUAAUUUCUUUGAUGACCAUCAGUUUUUCUCCAGUGUCUUCCGCAUCAGCUCCUGUGGUCUUCAGCUGUGGACACACUACGACGUAAUGGAUAACCUUCUGGCUCAGGUGACUGGCAGGAAGAGGGUGGUUCUCUACAGCCCCCAGGAUGCUUUGCACCUGUAUAUGUCAGGAGACAAAUCAGAGGUGGUAGACAUUGACUCGCCAGACCAAAACCUGUUUCCUGAUUUCCUAAAGGCAGUGAGGUACGAGUGUACGUUGGAGCCUGGAGAUGUGCUGUUCAUUCCUGCGCUGUGGUUCCAUAACACGCUUGCACUCCACUUUGGUGUUGCUGUCAACAUCUUCUGGCGCCAGCUGCCAGAAGACCGCUACGACAAGAAGGACCCUUAUGGUAACAAAGACCCGGUGGCUGCAAGUCGAGCCCUUCAAAGUCUGGAGCGAGCACUGCACCACCUGGAAGAACUUCCACCCGAGUACCGCGACUUCUAUGGACGUCGAAUGAUUCAGCAAAUACAGAAGCGUACCUUCUUUGGCUGUCAAUCAAAAACCAUGAUGACAAAAGCCAGCUGCUCCUCAAACCUGGAUCACAUUUGACUCAUGGAAGAUGAAGUUAUACUAACAGAACUCUUGUACAAAGUACACAAAAGUUCUACCUGAGAAAAAUAUGAUACCUUCCAGAAAAAUAAUUUUUUAAAUUUUAAUAUCAAAAGUAUGAUCUCUAUUGAAGUAAA